UUGCGGCGUGUUUUGUAUGUUGUGUCAAUAAUCUUGUCACGUUAUGGGGCGAUACUGAAGCCACACGGCUGCUUUAAAACUGAAAGUGAUUGAUCAUGCACUAAACAGUGGCAUCAGGGCCGCCAAUAGGCCCUUUGGAGUCGACGAAUUUUGUGUUCGCUACUGGUGACGGCAGCCGAAAGCCACCAAGACGUGUUGGGCCUGCCGUGUGUCAGACUGGGAUUGAUGGAGGAUGUUGACAAAGCGGUAAAGGCUGCUCGAGCGGCGUUCAUUCGAGGCUCGGAGUGGAGAACGAUGGACGCCUCAAAGAGGGGAAAGCUGAUUCUCAAGCUGGCAGACCUGAUGGAAGAGAAUUUGGAUUAUAUGGCUAGCCUGGAGACCCUCGACAAUGGCAAACCUUUCAAGAGCGCAGUGGGGGAUGUCAUGGCUGCUGUAGCCACCAUUCGAUAUUUUGCUGGUUUUGCAGACAAAGUUCACGGCAAAACUAUACCCAUGGACGGAAAUACAUUUGCCUACACACGUCGUGAGCCUAUCGGUGUCAUCGGCCAAAUUAUACCUUGGAACGUGCCCCUCUUGAUGCUGUCGUGGAAACUCGGCCCUGCUCUGGCAAUGGGCAAUACAGUGGUGGUGAAGCCUGCAGAGCAGACUCCACUGACAGCGCUACUGGUGGCCAGCUACGUGGCCAAGGCUGGCUUUCCCCCUGGUGUGGUCAACGUAGUUCCGGGCUUCGGAGAAACAGCUGGUGCUGCCAUUUCCAAUCACCCAGAUGUAGACAAAGUGGCCUUCACAGGAUCCACAGAGGUGGGAAGACUGAUCUUACAGGCUUCUGGCCACUCUAACCUCAAGAAAGUUUCACUCGAGUUGGGUGGAAAGAGCCCCCUUAUCAUCUUUCCUGACGCAGAUUUGGGCCUGGCCGCCAACUUGGCACAUGAGGCUGUGUUCUGGAACCAGGGCGAGAUCUGUUGCGCUGCCACUCGGACUUACGUACAUGCCGAUGUGUAUGACAAGUUUGUGGCCAAGGCCGUGGAACUAGCCAAGAAAAAAGUGGUCGGCGACCCAUUCGACGAGCGGUGCACCCAAGGUGCUCAGAUUGAUGGCACUCAGCUGGACCGUAUCCUUGGCUACAUCGAGCAGGGCCAAAAGGAGGGCGCCAAGCUACGCUGUGGUGGUCGCCGGCUCGGCACACGUGGAUUCUUCGUUCAGCCGACUGUUUUCUCGGACGUUGAGGACCAUAUGACAAUCGCCAGGGAGGAAAUAUUUGGCCCUGUCCAGAGUAUCUUCAAGUUCCAAGACAUAAACGAGGUCAUCGAGAGAGCAAACGCCACCAACUACGGACUGGCAGCGGGAAUCAUUACCAAGGACCUCAACACGGCCACCAUUGUAGCUCAUGCUCUUGAAGCAGGCACUGUCUGGAUCAACACUUACUUCGAAAUUGGACCUCACACUCCUUUUGGAGGCUACAAGAUGUCUGGAAUAGGCCGUGAAAUGGGCGAAGAUGGCAUCAUGGAGUAUACGGAAAUUAAAACGGUUGUUACAAGAAUCCCCGUGAAAUAUUAAGAAAAUGUGUUGCUAUGCUCGGCAAAGAAAUGCAACUGGGUCUGAUUUCUGCCGGAUGAUUUCCCAUUUCAUACUAUAUUCACUGUAGUGUUCUGUAUUUGCUGCUUAUCAAUAAAGCACAGCUUGAGUGUUUAGAGUACAGUGACA